UCUAUGAUCUGCUACCAAUUGAAGUUAGAUACUCCUAUAUAAUUUUAAUUUUUCAAUUAUAUCAAUUAAGGUGAAAAUGACUGAAGGAACCCAACAGCUUCAGUGUUACAAUAGGGGAUGUGGCGAAAAAUUUGAUCCAAUUAAUAAUAAGGAAGAUUCCUGUAGGCAUCACCCUGGUCAGCCAGUUUUUCAUGAUGCAUAUAAAGGAUGGAGUUGCUGUAACAAGAAAUGUACUGAUUUUACAGAAUUUCUUAAUAUCAAAGGUUGUACGUUGUCAAAACAUUCAAAUAUUAAACCUCUCGAACCUGAAAAACCAGUAGCAAAGGAAAUAAAUGAUAAAGAGAUUAUAGAAGUGAAACCCAUAGUUGCUAAAGUUUUAAAAAGACCUCCAGUUGACACUCCGUUAGUUACAAUGAAACCAGAGAUUGCACCAUCUCUUAAACAAAUGUUAAAUGCUGAUGUACCAAAGUUGAUGCAACAAGAGGAAAGUAAAUCUGAUGAAAUUGCUAUUGGGACAUCGUGUAAAAAUGGGGGUUGUAAAGAAACAUUCAAUGGACCGGAAACAAAUGACACAGAUUGUAUAUAUCAUCCAGGUGUACCAGUGUUUCAUGAAGGAUUAAAAUUUUGGUCCUGUUGUCAAAAGAGAACUACUGAUUUUAACACUUUUUUGGGACAAGUUGGUUGUGAAAGAGGAUCACAUGUUUGGAAGAAAGAUGAGAAAGAUAAAAGUGUCCAAUGUCGUUGGGAUUUCCAUCAAACAGGCUCGUAUGUGGUUGUAGCAAUAUAUGCAAAACAUUAUUCUCCAUCAGAAAGUAUAAUAAAAUUAAAUCCAGUUAGGUUGUACGCUAGCCUAGUAUUUCCUCAGCAAUCUAAUGCCACUUUUGCAUUAGAUAUUGAGCUAAAAGGGAUUAUAAAUGUAGAAGAUAGUGAGGUAUCCAUGUUUGGAACAAAAGUGGAACUAAAACUAAAGAAAGCUGAACCAGGAAGUUGGACGAAAUUAGGGGAUCCAGUAGUUCAGCAAUCUGUUACCUCCAUUGAGAAACUAUCGAAUGUAGAAAAAUUAACUCCACAAGUAGAAGCAGUAGAUUUAGAUGAUUUAUAAUUAACGAUAUAUGGUAUUUUAGAUAUUGUAAUUAAUUGUGUGUAAAAACGAAAUUUUAUUUAAUUUUUUAUCAAAUAAAUGUUUUUUAUUG